AUGAACGAAAACAACAACAAUAAUACCCAAGAUGCUUUUACGCAUCCGAUGCUUUAUCGAGAAACAAUGAACUCUCCCAAAUCAAAUCCAGACAACAAGGAGCCACACCAGAGGAAUUGCCAAUGUGGGAAGAAGCAAGCAAUCAAGAUUCCAACACCCAAACAAGAAAAGGAAGAACCAUGUUGGGAUUGUUAUCCUCAUCUUGUGCGCAAAAUCGAAAAUGAAGGCACACCAGAGCAAGUUGAGCAACUCCAUGAACUGGAACAUCGUAGUAGUCCAAGAUAA